CGAUAACCAACACUACUGGCAGUCUUUCGAUGGAGACAUAGCUUAGACGUAAAAGGAACCCCGGAAUAAGCAUUAUGCGAGAUGUACCUACGGUAUUUUGGAUCAUUUUCUUGAGUCAGAUUAUCUUUGGAGACGUCCAAACUUGGAUCAUAACUGAAUACGUUUGAGAUGUUACGGUGAAAAAAAACAUGAGGAGGAUUCUCAUUUUGGAGCAUCGUCGCCUUGGAACAAAGCCUUGGAGAGAAGCAUUUAACCAUCUUAUCGGAACCACCAUCUCACUCGAGGGAUGUGCGUGAUCAAGGAGGUUGCGAUGAUAAACUGCAUCUUGAAGACGGGAAGGGCUCUGCCUGUCUACUGAUGAUGACAUUUACUUCAAGAUGUCAGAUGGUUGUAAUUUCAAGAAACAGUUCUCCACUGAUACAUGCAAGUCGGAGAUAUUAUUUUGGAAAUAAAUGGUGAGGCUGUCGAAGGAAAAACAACAAAAGAAGUUGUUACAAGUUUGAUGCGAUCACCAGAUGAUCUUGUGCUGAAAGUCAAAGAAGACUCAGAAACAAAAGCCAGAGUUCUGACAUUCCUUGAGCCACUGGAGAACCCUCCGGGAUCAAACACCAAAGUCAGGGUCAAGACCAUCGGCCGAGGCAGCCCAAAGCACAAACAGCAAAAGAGUGAGGAGCAAUCACCCACCAGAACUGAUCCAAGCGAGUCGUCACCACCGACAACGCCCAACGAAAGAACAGCCCCUGAAAGUAGUCCAGAGAAUGGAGGAACUGCCGUGAGUUUGGAGUCGUUCUCUAGAGGCGACCUUGUGCCAGGUGUAGGACAAAAUAAUGGCGAUGAAUCAACUCUUGAGGGCAGUGUAACAACUCAAAGAUUAUCAAGUGUAGAUUUACAGGUGAAGCAGUGCAAGAGUGGAGGCGUAAUUAUUGUAGAGACUCCAAAUUCCAACAAGCAAUCGCCAAUAAAGGCUAAGCAAACACAUCCACCCGAUCACAGGAUAGGAGCCGGCGCCCCCAUUAACGGGAUUAGCAAGGAUCAAUUACGGGUUCGGGAUGUACCCAGCUCCAGACAGGUGUACGCGGCGAAUGCUUAUUCAUUUAGCUCCGAUUCCAGUGUUUCAGACAUUCCAUCUGUUCAGGUUAUGACGACAGUGGCACAGAUACACCGAGAAGAUUCCUCGUUGACGUCUCGGACUUCAAAAGCCGGGAUAGUUGAUAUGAUGGACGGACAGCUCCACAGCUGCUUCGACCCGAAUCAUAGGACUGAUACAACCUUCUCGGAUUACAGGCACAAUGACAUCAAUAGAAAUAAAAUGCCUACAGUAACGUUAGCGGAGAGUGAAUCGUCACAGAGCGAGUUGUCCUCGCAGGCAAGUUCGUGUCCUUCCGAAGGACCGCUAUCGGAGUCACCGCUCAGAACUCAAAAACUGAUAUCGUCCUCGAGACAGCCCUCUGGAAGGGAUACAGUUGAAACGGAGCGUCCAACACAAACAGAUGUAUUAAUAGGAGAUAAAGAAUCAGACAGUGUGGCCUACGAUUCUGGAUACGCAAGCACGUCGUCGGUUGCAAAACAGUGCUCGAACGUUGCACAUUCCCAGUCAACUCAGACUAAUUUGGACUCGGACGCAAACAGGUUGGUCGAAAACUCGACAGAGGAACAGGAAGCGAGCGCGCCGGUUAAUCAUGCCGGGAACGACGCCACGGAGCACUGGAAUGGUGGAAUGGGUGCGAGAACGUCUAGUGACCACAGCGUGAACUCUGAAGAAUCUGAAUGCCUGGACAUGGAUAGUUUAGGAAACGCACUCCAGGCUGGAAAUAAAAACUUGGACGUGCCAUCGGCUCAACGACUUGCAAAAAGACUCUUCAUGUUGGACGGAUUCAAGAGAUCGGAUGUGUCCAGGCACCUGAGUAAAAGAAACGACUUCAGCAGACUAGUAGCCGAGGAGUAUGUGACAUACUUUGACUUCACAAAUCUUCCUCUGGACAUUGCUCUUCGUAAAUUCCUUUCCAAGAUCGCGAUCUCCGGCGAGUCGCAAGAACGUGAGCGAGUUCUUCUCCACUUUUCGACGAGGUACCAGAACUGCAACGAGAUCGAGUACAGGUCAGUGGACGCCGUUCACACGUUGACAUGUGCUCUAAUGCUGCUCAACACUGAUCUACAUGGACAGAACAUUGGCAAGAGGAUGACAUUCAGCUCCUUUGUAACCAACUUGGAAGGUCUGAACGAAGGAGAGGAUUUCUCCAAGGAUUCUCUCAAGACGUUCUAUCAAUCCAUCAAAUCCAAGCCGUUAGAAUGGGCGUGUGAUCCAGAGGAGAAGCUGCUGAAAAGAGGCAGUAAGACGGGGAAUGGAACGAUGACGCUGAGCGGUAAUCCAUUCCUUGAGGUACAGAAUGAUCCGAAUGCUCCUGUGUACAUCAAGGGUUACGUCAUGAGGAAGGUAACGCGAGAUGCCGAAGGCAAGAAAACACCCAGAGGCAAAAGAGCUUGGAAAAUGUUCUAUGCAACGCUUAAAGGGCUAAUACUCUACUUACAUAAGUCGGAAAUGCAUCACCAGAUGCAUUUCAACACACCGAAGGAGGCAGUCAGCAUCCACCACAGCCUAGCCAGUAAGGUUUCCGAUUACAGUAAGAGACCCAAUGUCUUCAAUCUCAGAUUGGCAAACUGGAAAGAAUUCUUCAUACAGUGCCUACCAUGUGACAAGCAGCCCCAGGAAGCAGUCUCUGCUUCUAACUCGACACAAGGUUCCAGCGAUACGCAGGAUCUGCAGAAUUGGAUGCAAGCUUUGAAUCUUGCCGCUGCGGUUCACUCGGCCCCACCACUGCCGGCAGCCGUGGGACUGCAGAAGACAUUUAGGCGUCCUCUUCUACCUUCGUCACCGACUAAGCUCAACAUGCAAGAGCAGCUAGCAAACCAUGAGCGAAAGAUUGAGUCAAUAGAACAAGAGCUUGACGAUCAUAGAGCCUACCCUCCCGAUCAAGGACAGCGAACGUCAGUCAUGAAAGAUUACCAGCUAAAACAGGAGUACCUGGAAUACGAGCUUUCUCGCUUGAAGACGUACAUCUACUUACUUCAUUCUCAGCCAACUCUCCCCAUCGGUAAAUACACCCUUGAAGAAGUCAUGCCCCAGCCCGGCCAGUCAGUGGAUAGUAUGUCCUCCUCCUCCUCCUCGUCCACAACGGCGAGCGUCUCUUCAGAAGGGACCCAAGGUUCCAGCCAGACAAAGAUAUUCUUUGGUUUUGGGAGCGUGGAUACAGAAAGCGAUGAUAGUGAAGAUGGUACUGACGAUGAGACCAGUCUCUAUGGUGACGAAGAGGAUGUAUUUCUUCCCAUCAACCAAGAAGAUGAACUGACAAAGUUAUAAACAAGAACCACACUCGGUUCAUUUUUAUAAAGCUGUUAAAGGCAGUGGACUCUUUUGGUAAUUACUCAAAAUAAUUAUUGGCAUAAAACCUU